AUGGUCUUAGCAGAUUUAGGAGCAAGGCUGCAUGGUGCCUUGAAUCAACUAUCAAGAGCUUCUGUGGUGGAUGAUCGAGUAAUCGAUGCUUUACUCAAAGAACUAUGUGCGGCCUUACUAGAGGCAGAUGUCAAUGUGAAGCUGGUAUCGCAACUGCGGACGAAAGUGAAAGCUAAAGUAAAGAAGAGUUUGGAGGAAGCUGAGAAAGCAGGUGGAAGAGAAGCAAAUAAGAAGAAUGUGGUUCAAAAGGCAGUAUUUGACGAAUUAGUAGCCUUGGUGGAUCCUGGUGUGGAACCUUAUAAACCUGUAAAAGGAAAAACAAAUGUUUUGAUGGCUGUUGGUAUACAGGGUGCGGGAAAGACUACGACAUGUACGAAAUUGGCCGUACAUUACGCUAGAAGAGGAAUGAAGACAGGUCUUGUAUGUGCAGAUACCUUCAGAGCUGGUGCUUUUGAUCAACUGAAACAAAAUGCUACAAAAGCCAAAAUUCCCUUCUAUGGUAGUUAUACAGAAACAGAUCCCGUUGCUAUAGCUUCUUUAGGUGUGGAGAAGUUCAGAAAAGAACGAUUCGACGUUAUCAUUGUCGAUACCUCGGGUCGACAUAAGCAAGAAUCAGAAUUAUUUGAAGAGAUGGUAGCUAUUUCAGAAGCUGUAAAACCGGAUAUGACCAUCAUGGUUUUGGACGCUUCAAUAGGUCAAGCUGCAGAAGGACAAAGUAGAGCAUUUAAAGACAGUGCAGAUUUCGGUGCUAUCAUAGUGACGAAACUAGAUGGUCACGCUAAAGGUGGUGGUGCCAUUUCUGCUGUUGCGGUAACAAAAACUCCUAUAAUAUUCCUUGGUACUGGAGAGCAUUUACAUGAUCUGGAAAAAUUUGCACCGCAACCUUUUGUUUCUAAAUUAUUGGGUAUGGGAGAUGUACAAGGAUUAGUAGAGCAUAUGCAAGACAUGGCAAGAGCCAAUCCAGAUAGACAAAAGGACUUAGCUAAGAAGUUAGAACAAGGUAAAUUCACAAUCAGAGAUUGGAAAGAUCAAUUAUCGAAUAUAAUGUCAAUGGGAUCAUUAUCAAAAAUCGCUUCAAUGAUACCUGGUAUGCCAGCUGGAAUGAUGGAUGGCGGUGAAGAAGAAGCUGGUGCGAAAUUGAAGAGAAUGAUUUACAUAACGGAUGCUAUGAGAACCGAUGAAUUGGAUUCCGAUGGUUUGAUCUUUGUGAGCUUCGAUAAAGCUGGUAAUCCUAUAGGCCUCAAUCGGCGAGCGAAGCGUGUGGCUAGAGGAAGUGGAACAAGUGUGAGAGAAGUCGAGGAGUUAUUGGCCCAAGCUAGGAUGAUGGCCGGCAUGGCUAAACAAGCGGGCGGCGCAAAUGGAUGGAUGUCAGCUAUGCAGAAAAUGCAAGCUGCCGCAGGAGGUAAACCUCUAGGACCCAACGGUCAGCCUAGUCCUGCGCAAAUCGAAGCCAUGAGAAAAGCAAUGCCUCCAGAGCUCAUGAAAAAGAUCCGUGCUGCUGGACCUCAAGGUGCUCAGAAGAUGAUGCAAGAUAUGAUGGGAGGCAUUGGCGGUGCAGGAGGACCCGGAGGAAUGGACAUGGGCUCAAUGAUGCGGAGCAUGAUGGGCGGAGGAGGCGGAGGUGGGGGCGGAAUGCCUGAUAUGAGUCAGAUGGGCGAAAUGAUGAAGAGUAUGGGAAUGGGCGGUGGAGGUGGCGGUGGCGGUGGAAUGCCAGAUAUGAGUCAACUUAUGAAGAUGAUGGGACGAGGUUAA